AUGAUUCGACUUGGCCUUUUCCUCUCUCUGCUCUCAAUUCUCACUGUCUCCGGCGAAUUCCACAAAAUGAAAUUGGGCGGAGACUGUGAGAAGCUCCGCGUCGAACUCGAGUCCUCCGACACCGAUGCCGCCACAAAACUCUCAAAACUCAACGCAUUUUUGGACACUCUCGGUGCGGACACUCGUCAGAAAUUCUGGGAUAUUGUGGCCGCCGCGAAGACGGACGCCUCCACUAACUUGCCAUCGGAAACCGCGAAAAAUUUGGCUGCAAGUGUUAUCGCUGAUUUUGAGGCUGGAAAUUUGUUCCGCUCUCAUCAGGAACUUUCGAAGGAGCUAAAAUCAAAAUUCGAAUCGCUCGACGAUGCCGACAAGACAGCCGUCAAAAAUUUGGCAAAAGUCUACGGAAAACAGAUCAAAGCUCUAGUCAUGCCACUGCUCCCAUCCAACUGUAAAGCGACUUCAGAAGCCGCUCAGGAAGCCGGAGCACAGAUGGAAACAGGCGGAUUUGAUAACGGAGACUACAUGCCACGUAAGAAGCGUGAGCUUCUGUUCAUUGAUCACCUAACCUCUGCUAUCAGAGAAGUCAGAAGUCGUCGAGGAUUUUAA